ACCUAUGAAUAUUUGCGAUCCCCAAAGAUUACCACCAACCCCGCAUUAUUGUUCGUAGUUUACUUUGAGACUUGUAAGUUUUUAGAUUUAAGUGAAAUCUAUGCUAAUCUUUUUGGAAGUUCUGCGAGUAUGAGGGGGCUCAAUUUGAAGCCAUCGCGCGUUUACCAAACGGCAGCGGCACUACUCGAAUCUGAAAGCAUUUCACAAGCACCACCAUGGUAUAAGACAAUCGGCUCAGUUCCUCCUUCUGAAAUCCUCACACGGACGCAACCUGUUCAACACCGAGAGAGCAAUGGCAGGCCCAGGACGAAAAAAGCUAGCAAGUUGUUCAAACCACAAACUAUUGUAUACGAAGAAGAUCGAAUAAGACAAGAAUUCUUCCGCGACCACCCAUGGGAGCUGGCAAGACCAAGAAUUGUACUGGAGAACGAUGGUCGUGAUGGACAAAGAUGUGAUUGGAGUAGGAUAGCACAGCCGGGACGACCUUUGACUGGAGAAAGGUAAAAUGGAUUCUGAGAAUGUCGUGGCUUUUGGUUAACAUUUCGACAGUGUGGUACAGAGGCAGCUUUGGCUGAUACACAACGCGGAAAAGCCUUAUAAUGAGGCUUACGAUAUAGCGCGGAAGGAAUUUUAUGCUCUACGUCAAGAAGAAGAGAUCGAACGAAGAAUCGCGAAAGAAGAGGCAGAAUACGUUGGAGCAUACUUUCACAAAGGUGCUUUGGAGGUCGGAAUGGAGUUGGAAGAUAAGAGUUACGAGGACUGGAAGGCAUGGGCUACCAAGGAAGUUGAGGCUGCGAACUUGCAAAAACAAGGAGCAUACACCGGUAUUGGAACCGAAAGUGAGGACGCUGCUGUUUUGGACGAGGCAGAUGAGGGUGCUGAAGGGUCGGCAACAGUCGUCGCACAAGUAUAGUCAAGCUCCCAUGGGCAUGUACAACAACGUUAUAAGGGCAGAAACGGCGUUAAUGAGUAUAAAAUCUACCAUGGUGAUGUCGGCCUGCAAUAUCUGGGUUGAAUCGAGAGGUCAUUAAUGCGACAGGACGGGUCACUGCUACUGCUGUGUUGAUCAAUCGCAUUGCUCACAGUUGGACUCCUGGAGCUUGGAUAGAUCUUGUGGUAUGCAGAUAAUAUUUUGGCAUUAUGCUAAUGUACCAAAAAGCCCCUCCAUUCCACCCUCUUUCGAGCAUCGUCCCCAUUUAGCUGUUUAGCCAAUCCUUCCCACUGAACGA